AGUCUAUGAAAACACAUUUGAAAGAUGCGCUGCGUAUAUUUUUCUGUGAUUAUGUUGGCAGCAUUUAGCCUCGUGCAUGCACUGCCUUUAAAGGAUCGGAUACUUAUAGCUGAAGUUAAACAGGUUCUCCAAAAUACGAAACAUACAGUACUUCAGGACUCAGCGAAGCUUGUCAUUGAGUUAGGGGAAGCUAUUAUCAAUGCUCGGGUGGUUGACGAGCUUGUAAUACGACAAAUACAGACCCACAUUGUAAACCGAGGAAUAGCACUGCUUGAGAGAGGCAAUGUGUCUGAAGAGGAGACGGAUGCUCUUAGAAUUGAGAUGUGGAAGAUUCUAUCGUUCGAUAAGUUAAAUAAGCAGCAAAUAAAAGCUCGCUCAGCACUGUAUACACAUAACGCUAUAGAUGAUCUAAUCAGCAAUGCGGCAAAAAAAAUGAGCAGAGAGAUACGGUUGUUUACGCUUUUAGCCAAUCCAAAGAUACAAGAGCUCAGCGAUGCUACCAAACAAAGCGAACACGAACUAAUUAGGGCCUUUAACAAUGUAGCAUAUGCUGGUCUUGUGCAGCAGGAAGAUUCUUUAGAUGAAUUGGAAGCAGCUCUAAAAAAAUAUUAAAGUUCAACCGGAAGUUUUCUUCAAAAUUUAUAUAUAUAUAAUUUAUAUAUAAUUUGAUUAAUCGAGUUCCGCCACAACUUGUUUAGCGUUAUCAAUGAAUUUAACUUGUACAAAAUAUAUGUAUACAAAAAUAUAGAUAACAUAAGUGUAGUUGCAACUACUAACUUGUAAGUAUAAGUACAUAUUUAUUAAAUUGAAGAAUCAUCUGCUCUACCGCAUUGACUCUAUAAUCUCCAA